AUGUGCCUUUUUUCGUCAACUUAUUCGGCCAACAAUGACAUGGAAAUGGUUUUUGUGCAAACGUUUUUUCGACACGGCGAUCGCGCAGCCCUCUAUGAUCAUUUCCCGAUUUCCGUUGAGGAAUGGGAGGAAGCGGCCGGAGGAAUUGGCGAAUUGUCACCGAUUGGCCUCCAGCAGACAAGAAAAUUGGGGAAGGCUCUGAGGGAGCGGUAUAUCAGCGAUCUCAAAUGGCUUUCAAAGACCUACAAGGCAAAAGAGAUCUACGUUCGCUCGACAAACGUGAAUCGCACAAUAAUGUCGGGAAAUUCGGUGUUUUCCGGCAUGUACACGACGGCUCAAUCUCAGAACGACGGAAUCAUUAGCAUGAUACCAGUUCAUGUUGAGGACGAGCCAUGUGGUGUCACCGAGAAAUGCGUGUGCAAACGGAAAACCGAGAUUGAGACGCUUCGACGAAAUUCGACCGUCUUUCUCAAAUGGUUCGGAAAUCCGCAGAAUAUCGGCUUCGGUAUGAAUAUCUCAAAAUGGUACAAUGUGAGCAUCGAGGAUACGGUAUUGGUUCCGGACAGUUUGACGUGUCAGAGGAUCCAUUUCAACGAUACGCUCUAUGCGAAAGCGCCGUGGUACAACGAGGAAUUCUAUCGAGCGUCGCAAGAAUGGUACAAGCCGCAGAAAGCGCAACACGCCGGCGUUUACGGAUCCGAAGAGCCGCCGAUCGUGAACGGCAUCGACGUGCAGGCCGAAUUGCGACGAUUGCAAAUCCCAAUGUUGGCCGAAGUCUACGAUCGCGCGAUGAUGAAAUUUCAGUGCUACCGUAAUCCGACCAAUUGUUCCGAGUCUGUCAACAAUCUCAAAUUUUUCGCCUACUCGUCGCACGACCGAACCAUGUUCAUUUUGAUGGGUCUUCUCGGCGUCGAGGAAUUGGUCGACACCGAAGUCGGAUGGCCCGAUUACACCGCCACGCUUGUGUUUGAGAAUUUCGUCAAGAAUGGGACCGACGACAAUUAUUUCCGACUUCUCUAUCGCGCUCAUCCCUUCGAGACCACAUUCCAAGUGGUGACGCAAAAGAUCAAAGACUGCGAUAAUCAGGAAUAUUGCUCUAUGGAGGUGCUCAGAAAUAUUACGGAUACUUAUAAAACCGAUAUGGACAUUGACACGAUGUGCAACACGCCAAUUCAAAAAUCCGGCAAUUCUCAGCGUAAUUUAUUAUUUCUCGCAAAUACCCUAAUUGUAUCAUUUGCCAAGCAUUUCGUGUGA